AUUUCCAUUGUAGUUUUUAAUAAUUAUUUCCAGGUCAGAGGAUCGGAGUUUCCUGUGCGGCUUGUUUGUACUGAAGAUGGCCGGUGAUGGAGGCGCACUUAAGGAUAUCAAUGAGAUUAAAUCGCAAUUCAGGACCAGAGAGGGCUUUUACAAACUGCUAACUCUUUCAGAUUCCCAACAAAGGGGCGGUCUACCUCGGGGUCCAACAGCAAGUGCCACGGUGGGCCCUGGGUCAGGACCGGGUUCAAUACCCGGUGGUGGUGUUGGACUAGUGCAGGGGCCCGGGGCUGCCUCUUCUUCCAAUGCCGCAGCCAACUCCUCUCCAGCGGGUUUCCUUCCUCCUGUGCGGGUCUCUAUGGUGAAGCUUCAGCCUGAAGACCCUAGCGAAGAUUCAGAGCGUGUGUGUUUCAAUAUCGGCAGGGAACUUUAUUUUUACACUUACACAAACAUCAAAAAGGCUGUUGACCUCAGCAAGCCCAUUGACAAACGCAUCUACAAGGGUACCCAACCCACCUGUCAUGACUUCAACCAGUACUCUGCCACAACAGACAGUGUGGCCCUCAUUGUGGGGUUUUCUGCUGGCCAGGUGCAAUACCUGGAUCCCAUCAAAAAAGAGACCAGCAAGCUCUUCAAUGAGGAGCGGCUGAUUGAUAAGACCAAGGUGACCUGCCUGAAGUGGUUGCCCAAAUCAGAGAACCUGUUCCUGGCCUCUCACGCCAGCGGGCACCUGUAUCUGUACAAUGUAGAGCAUCCAUGUGGCACUACAGCUCCCCAGUAUUCCUUGCUGCGCCAAGGUGAGGGUUUCGCUGUCUACGCCUGCAAGAGCAAGACGCCCCGCAACCCACUGCUUCGUUGGGCGGUCGGGGAGGGAGGGCUCAAUGAGUUUGCCUUCUCUCCAGAUGGUGUGCAUGUAGCCUGUGUAGGCCAGGAUGGAUGCUUACGUGUCUUCCAUUUCGAUUCUAUGGAGUUGCAAGGUGUGAUGAAGAGCUACUUUGGGGGGCUUCUGUGUGUCUCCUGGAGCCCUGAUGGUAAAUACCUGGCCACAGGCGGUGAGGACGACCUGGUCACCGUGUGGUCAUUCUCCGAAAGUCGCGUGGUGGCCCGUGGACAUGGGCACAAGUCAUGGGUGAACGUGGUGGCCUUUGACCCUUUUACCACAAGCUUAGAGGAGGAGGAGCCGGGUGAGCAGAGUGGGAGUGAGGAGGACCUGCACCAACCGGGUGGAGGAGGAGGGCUGCAUUUUGGGAGAGUGCGCACCAGCAGCACACUCUCCCGCCUCUCACGGCACAGCUCUAAGGGCAGCCGAGCCCCGUCGGUCACAUACCGAUUUGGCUCGGUGGGGCAGGACACCCAGUUCUGUCUGUGGGACUUGACUGAUGAUGUGCUAUAUCCUCGGCUGCCCCUCUCACGUGCCAUCACCAACACAUUUGGGUCGGGGGUGCCCUCCUCUGGCAGCAGCAGCAUCAACAACACAGGGGGCACUGUAGGGGUAGAGGGACACCAUCAUCCCACCACCAACCCACACCAGCCUCCUACACUUCCUCUCCCACGCUCACUGUCUCGCUCCAACUCCCUGCCCCACCCAGCGGUAGCUAACACUUCCAAAGGUCAGAGUGGUGGGGAUGGUGGCAGUGGGGGAAGUGGAGGGGGCGGUGCUGGGGGCAGCGGCGGCUCUGCAUUUAGCAUUGGUCGCUUUGCCACACUUUCCCUGCAGGAACGCAAGUCAGACAAGUCAAGCGGGGGUGGCAGUGAGAAGGAGCACAAACGCUACCAUAGCCUAGGCAACAUCAGCAAGAGCAAUGACAAGAUCAACAUGGCUCCCCGCAGCAGCCGCUUGGACGCGGCUAAAGUGCUUGGCACCACACUGUGCCCACGCAUGAAUGAAGUACCCCUGUUGGAGCCCCUCGUCUGCAAAAAGAUCGCUCAUGAGAGGCUCACGGUGCUGGUGUUCAUGGAUGACUGCAUCAUCACUGCCUGUCAAGAGGGGCUUAUCUGCACCUGGGCACGGCCUGGCAAAGCGCACCCUAUCCAGUCAUUGGGAGCACAGAAUGGGAACUCACCCAGUGGCACAGUGGUAUAGCUGGGAGAGGAAUAUUGCACUGCUGCAACUCAACUCAACCCAGGCACACCUUUCCUGUCUUUCUCCUGAGCUCACACGUUGGCCAGAAUGGCAACAUAAAAGGAUUGCACCAACAUGUGGUCAAGCAUCCAUCAAACAGAUUCACAUACAAUCAACUCGUACGACAGACCAUCACUUGAUUUUCUCUCUUACCUUUCCUUCUUUUCAUUAAUAUCAACAGCUCUCUCACUUAUGCCAUUGUCCUUAAGACCCUUAACCUCUAAGAAAGGCUUCUGGAGCAAAAUUGGAUAGUACUUUUCAGCGAUCUGUUCACUAAACAGUGUGUAAUGCCAUGGCCAUUGUACUUUAUUUAUUUUACCAUGAGACUACUAAUUUAUAAUGUAUAUAUUGAGAAUAUUAAUGGAAGAGGACUAUGUGUAACAUCAUCAUAAAAUAAAAAAACAGAUCAAAUUAAUAUAUGAAGAUCCUAUAUUGUACAUAUUGACACACUUAAAUUGAAUGUUUGAAAUCUAGGGAAUGAUGUAGUGUUCUUGUGUGCUAGAGUUCUUGGAAAAGAACCCCCUCCCCCCACACACACCCCAAACCCCAAAGGUGCAUUAAGGUUUUCACAGAAUUUAAACACUGACAUUCUUUGCAGUGGCUGUUGUGCUCCGAUAGUAGGCUGGUUUAUGCUCUAUUGCAAGUGUACCCCCAAAACAGACACUACACACAGCUGUAGAGCACACAUUUAGACUGAAUAGUGUAGCAUCCAGUAAGCUCCAUUCCUUGUACACCUGCAAUGCCUCUUGCAAAAUUUUGCACAUUUUACAGUUUAAAUCAACGCCCACUAUUGUGGCAUUAGAUGCAGAGGUUUCAAUGUUACUAGUUUUUCUUAAUUUUCUGUUUGGUCUUUUUAUGUUUCAUUUUAUUUGCUGAAGCUGUAUUGUCAGAAUAGGCCAAGUUAGUAAACAGAGGUAUGUUUAUUUUGAUCAAUCACGUCUGUAAUUUCCAUGUUUUUCUACAUUUGUCAGGAAACGUUUGUCAUGCUGUGUUGUGAAAUUAGUUACGAAACCAGAUGUUUUUAUUUGCUAAUGCUGUCUGUUCACCCUGUGUUAAUAUGCUACCUGUCAUAUCAGAAUUGUGGAAUUUGAAUCAUUUUUGUUGGCUGUAGACUUAUUGUUCUCAUUAAUUUAGCAGACCAUGUGUUUUAUUGGAUAGUGCUGCAGCUUGUGGGAAAGCAAGGAACCUUAAUAUUACCAUCAGUCAUUAGUAGUGAUUUAAAGUCCAACUAUACCCUGGACACCCCAAGUUCCACUCCUGCUAACCUAGCUUAGUGAAACAUUAUUCCACACUGCAGGAAUGGACCAUUCCAUACCACUUGGGUCAUUAUCUGAAGGAGGGAGGCAGGCAAUGAUUCCAUCUUAUUUAUUUUUUUUGUAUUCAGCAGUUUACAGUUUCUGUAGCAUGUUAAUGUUUUAUUUGUUUUUAUUUUUAUUCUAAUUAUAUGCAUUAAAUCCACAACUACAUACAUGUCUGAGGUGUUGAAGUGAUGAGACUUACCACAAUAUGACGUUAAAAUAUGGAGAUCUGUUAUUAAAAGUCUUUCCCUCAAACAGA